CAACAACUCGGUUCGGGGUAGUAUACAGAAAGGAUAAUCUCAAUAUCCAACCAAUCUGCCGCAAUGUUAGGCCGCCCAUCAAUCUGUGCCUCUUGCCUCGCAGGCUUCCGAAACGUUUCCCGCCUUCAAAAACAACAACUCCAUCAAUCAAAACGGUCUAAAUCAAACCAGUCCAAAUCAAACAAAUCCAAAUCAAUCGCACACAGUCUCCCAACAAAUAUAACCAAAAUCAUCCCUUUCACCGAUCUCCAACCGACCGAUAUCGCCCGUUACUGGGACACCAUCCCCCCCGAAGCAUCAAAUCUCGCCUACGCCGACAAAUUCUUUACUCCCUCCCGCCAUUCCCCCGUCAAGCUCUUCUCCGCCGCGAAAUUUCGCACGAUACCGUUUGACUCGACGGAACCCGAAGUUGCGUUUAUAGGAAGGUCCAAUGUGGGUAAAAGCUCUAUUAUAAAUGCGCUUGUGGGGCAGGAGGUGUGUUGGGUUUCGAAGCAUCCGGGGAAGACGACAGAAAUGAACGCGUUUGGGAUCGGAGGGAAGAAGGGCGGCGAGUCGAAAAUUGUUCUACUUGAUAUGCCAGGAUAUGGGAAAGCGAGUCGCACGGAAUGGGGGAUUGAGAUUAUGAAGUACUUACAGCAGAGGAAACAACUUCGACGGACAUAUCUCCUAAUCGACUCCCUCCACGGCAUUAAAGACAAUGACCAAGAAAUCCUCUCUCUACUCCGGCGCUAUGGCAUAUCCCAUCAAAUAAUUCUAUCCAAAGUUGACCGCGUAUUGGCUGGCAGGCUGAACAAAGGGUUGAAGCUUUUUAGUCGGGGGUACGAGGUGCGAUCAAGCAGGCUCAAUCAUUUACAAAAAAUGUUGAAGAAGAUGGAACCGAUUCUUCAACCGCCAGACAGUAGAGUCGAUGGACCGGGGGCUUUGGGUGAGAUACUUACUUGUACCUCGGCAGCGAAGGUUUCCCAAGAAAGUCAGAAUUGUUUGGGUGUCAGUAAUAUUCGGUGGUCGAUACUCAAAGCGACUGGGUUUGAUGGGAGCAUUGAAACGGGUGCGAGUCGAGAGAUGUCUCCUAUUCAGUCAGCUGAAGAUAGGCCCACACUCUCAACUCCUGUUCAGUAAACGGAACCGAGUUCUCAUGUUGAUUAAGGCCAAUUUUCAAGUUAAUGGAUGUAUAAUAUUUUCAUUCACUGUCACCCUGUACCAUAUACAUGUAUAUAUAAGAUACCUUAGAUUUCUUCGGUUUGAAAAUAUCCAGUCUUCCCAUCCUUGUAA